GCAGCAGCUACAGAAAAAUAAAAAAAAAAGAAGCAAAAAAGCAUCCGCCUUCUCUACUCGAACUCCGCUGGCGUUAGAUAAUAUGUUCUUUGUUUCCGACAUAUUGUCCCGGAAUUUAGCUUCCGCGUUGCAGAUUAAGGGGCCUGAAAAUGGACGGCAUCUCCCGGCCGGGGUGUACGAAAUCCUAGAUAUAUAACGGGAAGAAAGCAAGACGAACUCCGUUCCGGGUGAGAGAGAGAGAGAGAGAGGAAUGACCUCUUUGGUAUUUUCGGCCUCCUCCUCUAGCUUGAUCUCUUUUCCUUCUCCCGCGCAGAGCCAUCCUUUGCGAUGCCGCGUUUCCUUGGCAUCUUUCUCAACCGCGAGAUGCCAAAUGGUGGAGCCGCUGAGGUAUGCGAACGGUACCCCGCCGCGCAUUCCAAUUAUUAACGAUCAGUCGCUGCCUAGUUUCUUAACAGCGCCGCGUGUUCUAGACGGGGGAAGUAAGAACGACACGAGGCUUCGAAUCUUUUCAGGGACUGCUAAUCCUGCGCUUUCGCAGGAAAUUGCAAAUUACUUGGGGUUAGGACUUGGAAAAAUAAAGAUCAAGAGGUUUGCUGAUGGAGAGAUUUAUGUUCAGUUACAGGAGAGUGUAAGAGGUUGUGAUGUGUUUCUAGUGCAGCCAACAUGCCCCCCAGCAAAUGAGAAUCUUAUGGAACUUUUGAUUAUGAUUGAUGCAUGCCGUAGAGCGUCUGCAAAGAAUAUCACUGCGGUUAUACCAUAUUUUGGUUAUGCUAGAGCAGAUAGAAAGACUCAAGGGCGUGAGUCCAUCGCCGCAAAACUAGUCGCAAAUUUGAUAACUGAAGCUGGUGCAAACCGUGUACUCGCAUGUGAUCUUCAUUCUGGACAGUCAAUGGGAUACUUUGAUAUCCCAGUCGAUCAUGUUUACGGCCAACCUGUAAUCCUUGAUUAUCUGGCGAGCAAGACAUUUUGCUCGAAUGAUCUAGUCGUGGUCUCUCCUGAUGUUGGUGGUGUUGCGAGGGCUCGGGCUUUUGCAAAAAAGCUGUCGGAUGCACCUUUAGCCAUUGUUGAUAAAAGACGACAUGGUCACAAUGUUGCAGAGGUGAUGAAUUUAAUUGGAGAUGUAAGAGGCAAAGUUGCUGUUAUGGUGGAUGAUAUGAUUGAUACAGCGGGCACAAUUGCAAAAGGUGCAGCUUUAUUGCAUGAAGAGGGUGCAAGCGAGGUCUACGCUUGCAGUACACAUGCUGUUUUUAGCCCUCCAGCAAUUGAGAGGUUGUCAAGUGGCCUAUUUCAGGAAGUGAUAAUCACAAACACAAUUCCAGUUUUGGAGAAGAAAGGUUUUCCUCAGCUUACGGUGCUUUCAGUUGCAAACCUUCUUGGAGAAACCAUAUGGCGUGUUCAUGAUGAUUGCUCUGUGAGUAGCAUCUUUCAAUGAUGGGAUUCAAUAAAUGAGCACCUUUUUGUUGUGCAUUAACAUGCGGUUGCAUAUGAACCUUAUUCCAGCUUAGACAUUGAUUGAUCUUUUUCUUGGUGAAAUAUUGGCGGCAUCCUUACUGGUAUCCUCUUUAUAUUCAUGAGUAGCUUGAGCAGGAUUAAUUACUCUUCUUUACUCUUCAACGCUAUAAUAGUUUUGCUGCAAGUUGUUGGGCUUCAAGCUUCAGUUUUUUGAAGAAUUUAUGAACAGUGCUCGUUAUACAUCUCUCUGCAUCUAAUUUCAUGAACUAGAACUAAUCAUGGUAUAGAAGGUCCCAUGCAUUUGAUAUUUGUAAUGGGUGUUGAAAUUCA